AUGCAGACUAUACAAAUCCCCGUAUGGGCUCAAACAAGCGUUAAGACAGUGGAACUUGAAAUCAUUGAGGCACUGAUAAAUGCAGAUUUUGUACAGAGCAAGCAUGAUCAUUCUUUUUUCACUGUGAGGAAGAAUACUAAACUUGUCAUCAUUCUUGUUUAUGUUGAUGACCUCCUCAUCACAGAAAAUGAUGCUGAUAUGAUUCAAGAAGCCAAGACCAUACUUCAUAAGGCAUUCAGAAUUAAGGACUUGGGCUUUUUGAAAUACUUCUUGGGGAUUGAAGUUAGCAGAUCCCAGAAAGGCAUAGUGCUGUGUCAAAGGAAAUAUACAGUGGAACUAAUAGCAGAAUUGGGACUAGCAUGGUCUAAACCUGCAAUUACCCCAAUGGAGCAAAACAUGAAGUUAACAACAGUGGAGUAUGAUGCGCAUUGUAACUUGAAGGAUGGUCCAGCACUCACAGAUGUCAAAGGAUAUCAAAAGCUCAUAGGGAAGCUUCUGUACUUGACAUUAACUAGGCCUGAUUUUGCCUAUACAGUACAGACUUUAAGCCAAUUCAUGCAAGCUCCUAAGAAGUCGCACUUGGAGGCAACACAUAGAUUGGUGAGAUACUUGAAGAAUGAACCAGGAUUAGGCAUUCUCAUGAGUGCAGAUGGUGACAUGACUCUAAGAGCAUACUAUGACGCAGACUGGGCAAACUGCCCAAAUUCAAGGAAGUCAGUAACAAGUUACUUGGUGAAGUUUGGAAAGUCCCUAAUCUCAUAG